CACAUCUAAUUGUAACUCCAGUCCCAGGGCUUCUGACACCCUCACAGCAGACAUACAUGCAGGCAAAGCACCAAUGAAUAUAAAUAAAAAUAAAUUAUGUAUUAAAAAAUAAAAUAUGCUAAUCUGAGCUAAGUACUCAGAUAUGAUUAUUAUUCCAGCACUUAGGAAUCAAAGCAAGUAGAUCACUGCAAUUUAAUGCUAGCCUAGGCUACAUGGCAAGGUCUGGUCUCAAAAACAAACACACAGACAGACAGACAGACAGACAGACAGACAGACAGACAGAGAGAGACAGAGACAGAGACAGAGACAGAGAGAGGAUCUGAUUAAACUUGAAUGCAGAAGCUUAGAAGUCAGGAGACACAGAGGUCAGAAACCCUAGUGUGUGGGUACACAGUAGGACAACCACAGAUAGUGAUGGAGCAUUCAGACCUCUCAAAACUAAAAAGAGGAUUUUGAAUAUUUUCAGCAUAAGGAAGUGAUGAACAUUUAAGAAAUAGAUGUGUUUAACAAUACCUGGUUCUUCAUUCAUAUACAUGUUUUUGUUUGUUUGUUUGUUUGUUUGUACCAAUUUAAAAAUAAUUUAAUUUAGAGUGAUUUUUAAAAAGUGUUUGUCCUGAGCUGGCACUAUAGUUCAGUGGUAGAGGGCUUGCCUAGCAUACACAAGCAAUUCUAGAACUGAAGAAAAAAUAAAGCAUUUCCUGAAUGUGUGUUGGUGAGAUAAUUCAGUAAUUCAAUCCAAUGAAUGAGCUGAGGAGACAAAUUAGUGGUAGAUCAAUUAUUAACAGCAGAAUUCUUGAUGUUACGUAAGUAUGAGAGAUGUUUUGUUUUGCUUUAUUUUAUUUUGUUGUUGUGUUUUCUGUUUGUUUGUUUGUUUCUUUGUUUGUAGCUCUAAAUGUAAUGGAACUCUCUCUAGGCUAGCCUUGAACUUGCAAAGACUCAACUGCUGCUAGCUUCUGAAAGGUGAGUGCCUCCACUGCCUGGCCUGAUAUUAUGAGUCUUAAUCUCUGUUAGUUACAAAGUAUAGGAAAGACUUUUAUCAGUCCACAACAAAUUGCUGUCUUUAGCCACAACUACAUGUAAUAAUUAGAAUGUAUUUACACACGCAUUUACAUACGUGUAUGUGCCUACAUAAUGUAUUCAUAUAUUGCAUGUAAAUAGGUUCACUUAAAACUCCCAACUAACUACUGUUUUGCUUUCCUGGUAAAUACUUACAGGGCUGGUGAGAUUGUUCAAUGGUUAGUGUCUGUCGUGCAAGCAUGAAGACCUGAAUUCCACACUCAGGAUCCACAUUAAUGUGGUAGAAGAGCCUCAACUCCACAAGGUUCUUUGUCCUCUGACAUCUACAUGCAAGCCGCACCGACAAAUGUGCAUUGCAUAAACACACAUGCAUACAGACACACAUACAAUCAUGAUGAUGUGACCUCUUUGCUGACCAACAUUUUCUUGCAAACCAUGGCCAAGGAGGGAGGGGCAUGAGCCGUGAAGAAGCUGGGUGAAAGUUGGGUGAUGGCCUCAGCCAAAAUUCCAAGUUGAAAUUGAAUCCGGUAAAGCUUCUUAGGAAGUGGAAAAAAGAAAAAGAAGACUUACAGCUUCAACAGAACUGUAAUUCUACCAAGAAAAAGGUACGUCUGUCAGCUGUCACCAAACCAACCAUGACUGGCUUUGUCAUGCUUCUUUCUUCUUUACAGAUAGGGGUGGAGGGAAAAAAAAAAGCAAGAGGCGGUCAAAAAACUUGAGGAAGCCCUGACCCUUUAGAUUCCAUUUAUAGUCUGAGCCGGAAUGCCACCCCCCUGGACAGGCAAACCGUCCAAUCCAGCCGCGUGUGUCAAGGUUCUAUUAGGCACUAAGGGAAAUAUAUAUGCAUGCCCUUAUACCAUUUAACACUCUGGGUCCACCCUCCAGACGCUGGGCUGCGGGUCAAGCGAGUCACACUGCUCUUCCAAGUGUCACUCUGACAGGUUCUUCUGGAGGAGAUCCUUCUUUUGUUAACCCAUCCUUUUAAUCAAAAUGGCACCAAAGAAAGACGUGAAGAAGCCCGCUGCUGCGCCUGCCCCAGCCCCGGCCCCGGCCCCUGCCCCAGCCAAACCUAAGGAAGAAAAAAUCGAUCUGUCUGCUAUUAAGAUCGAGUUCUCUAAGGAGCAACAGGAGGACUUCAAGGAGGCAUUUCUCCUGUUUGACAGAACAGGUGAAUGCAAGAUCACCUUAAGUCAGGUGGGAGACGUCCUCCGGGCUCUGGGCACCAAUCCCACCAAUGCAGAGGUCAAGAAGGUUCUUGGGAACCCCAGCAAUGAAGAGAUGAAUGCUAAGAAAAUCGAGUUUGAACAGUUUCUGCCCAUGAUGCAAGCUAUCUCCAACAACAAGGACCAGGGAGGUUAUGAAGAUUUCGUUGAGGGUCUGCGUGUCUUCGACAAGGAGGGCAAUGGCACCGUCAUGGGUGCUGAACUCCGCCAUGUCCUCGCCACUCUGGGAGAGAAGAUGAAGGAGGAAGAGGUAGAAGCGUUGCUGGCAGGCCAGGAGGACUCCAAUGGCUGCAUCAACUAUGAAGCUUUUGUCAAACACAUCAUGUCUGUCUAAACGGAGUUUUCAAGGUAGACAUCUAUCCUCUCUUUGAUAUCACGCAAUGUUGGGGAAGACUGGCCAGUUCAAGAACACCUAUGGCUAACUGUCAACACCAGCUUACCACCAUGCAGAAGAUCAAACAAUCUAGACCAUUCUAGAUGGAAGGAUUCCCUGAAUUUUUAUAAGCCUUGAGUUUUCAUGACAAACAUGCCUACAGUUGAUAAUCUCAAGUCCACACACCACCGUUAUCAUCUACUUGGGUCCACAACAUUCUUAAAAUACUACAUCAAUAAACUUGGUCAGUCUGGAAUACUCAAA